AUGUCUUCUAAACACUUCAUCAAUGAUCCCACAAAGCUUGUGGACACGGCAUGCAGGAGCAUAACGUAUACGAACCCCAAUGUCGCCUUUGACGCCAAAAACAAAGUCCUCUACCUUCGACCCGAUGCCGCACCAUCUCAAGUCUCGAUCGUCUCAGGCGGUGGCUCUGGUCACGAGCCCUCCUUUGGCGCAUUCGUUGGACCUGGCAUUUUGAGUGGUGCUGUUGCUGGAACGAUAUUUGCUUCUCCGUCAGCAGAACAAGUUCGAAGAGCUAUCUUCAGUCGUGUGGAUACGAGCAAAGGCAUCUUGGUAGUGGUGAUGAACUACACGGGCGAUGUGCUCAACUUCGGUAUGGCUGUUGAGAAAGCCAAGGCGGCUCAGCUAAAUUGCGAAAUGGUUGUCAUGGGUGAUGAUGUUGGUGUUGGCAGAGAAAAGGGAGGCAAAGUCGGCCGAAGAGGAAUCGCAGGGACGGUCUUGAUCCACAAGAUUGCAGGUGCGCUGGCAGCUUCGGGUGCGAGCUUGAAAGAGGUGCACAGGGCAGCCCAAGCGGUGGCGGACAACACAGUCUCCAUUGGAUCAUCGUUGAGCCACGUGCAUGUUCCAGGUCGGGCCACGGUCGAGGGAGAAGAGGAGCUCAAGCAGGACGAGGUUGAAAUCGGUAUGGGCAUCCAUAACGAAGCAGGCGCGUCGAAAGCCAAGGCCGACCUACCCACGCUGGUCAAGACCAUGCUGAAGUAUUUGCUGGACCAAAAUGACAAGGAUCGUGCUUUCUUAAACGUGAGCAGCUCAGAUGAGACCGUCCUCCUGAUUAACAACCUGGGCGGUGUCUCUGUGCUCGAGCUGGGCGGCAUCACGACCGAAGUCGUUGUUCAGCUGGAGAAAGAUUACGGAAUCAAGCCAGUCCGCAUCAUAGCUGGAACGUUCAUGACUUCGCUAAACGGUCUUGGUUUCUCCAUCUCGAUCCUCAAGGUGGCCGAUCUCGGUGUUGGCAAAUCGCUGUUGCAGCUGCUGGACGCGCCCUCAGAAGCUGCUGGCUGGGCUGCUGCAAUCAGCACGAAGACAUGGUCGCAAAAACCAUCGCAAAGUCGAGAUACAGAUGCCGGAAUCGGCGGCGGCAACAAACCUUGUGGUUUCCAGUUCGACCCCAAACAUGCGACGAAAGCACUGAAUGACGCCCUCAAUCGUCUGAUGAAGGCUGAGCCGGAUAUCACAAGAUAUGACACGGUUGUUGGCGACGGUGACUGUGGUAUUGGUCUCAAGCGUGGUGCAGAAGGGAUCCAGAAAUAUAUCAACGGCGCAAGCGAGCAGUCUGAUGCAGCCCUGUAUCUGGACAAAGUCAUCGAUAUUGUCGAGAAUACGAUGGACGGCACGUCCGGCGCGCUAUAUGCCAUCUUCUUGAACGCCCUUGCGUGGGGCCUUCGUCAACAAGGAAAUGGAGGAAGCAAGCAAAUCACUCCGGAUGUGUGGGCUAAGGCCUUGAACACUGCGAUGGAGAGCUUGGCCAAGUAUACUCCAGCAAAGCCAGGGGAUCGGACGUUAGUGGAUGCUCUCACGCCGUUCGUCGAUCAGCUCAACGCGACUGGAGAUGUCCAGAAAGCGGCACAGGCAGCCGAUGAAGGAUCGAAGAAUACGAAAGGAAUGAAGGCGAGUCUUGGACGGACGGUAUAUGUCGGCGGAAGUGGCUUCGAGGAAGUGCCGGAUCCAGGUGCGUAUGGUCUUGCAGAAUUCCUGUCAGGGUUGGCAGAUGCUCUAAGAUGA